GGAAGAAGGAAGAUGAGGUUGAGGAGGAGGGGAAAUCUCAAAUCCUUCUCAGGUUCGGCAGGAGCUCUGAGCGAAGUCCAUUGAGGUUUGGUAAACGGUCUGAGAACCAACUGGAGAUCCCAAUGCCCAUUAUGCGAUUUGGAAAAAGCGACCCUAAGAUGAACAUCAUGAGGUUUGGACGUAGCGAUCCUAAGAUGAACAUUAUGAGAUUUGGACGAAAUGAUCCUAAGAUGAACAUUAUGAGAUUUGGACGAAGCGACCCAAAGAUGAAUAUUAUGAGAUUUGGACGGAGUGACCCAAAGAUGAAUAUUAUGAGAUUUGGAAGAAGUGAUCCUAAGAUGAACAUUAUGAGGUUCGGACGUAGUGUCGACGUUUUAGAGAAACGGAUUCCAAUUCUCCGAUACGGACGUAGUUUAGAGACAAACAAUAAUGAAGCUCAGAGGAGGCUGAGAGGAUGUAGUCUAGCAGAAUCACUCAGUGAAAUAUACAAGAGAAUUAACAGUUUUAAAUGUUAUAAAUUGAGCUUUGAUGUAUGUUUAAACAGAAACCCUGGAAACCUCUGUAAUGUGCAAGAUAUCAUCAGGAAGCAGAAUGUUUCCAACCAGCACAAGAACUUGAUCACAUAUUUAAGAUAUUUCUGAUUAAAGAAAUAAUGCUGAGUAGCCCUGAAUCUACCCCUGAACCCUGCUGGCUGGAAUAAUAUUUAAAAAUGUGUUGUUAAAAAGAGAGAUUAUAUAAUAUGUCCUUGUUAAAGUGAUAUAGCUUAUUUAAUGUAUGUGACAGUAAAUCUUAAACUUGAUAAAUAUAUUAUUGAAAAAUACCAAAAAA